AUGAGGAAGCGUGGCCCUAUCAUGGCGCACCUUAUGAACCGCCAGAGCGGCGCAACCACCUACGUCGGUACCACUGGACAGACCAACCCUACCAACUGCAACCAGGCUGCUGUAUUCAGAAUUGGCGCUUCUGGCACCAUCACUGUUGAUGGCGUUGCCCUCGGUGUCAACCCCAAUGUUCCUUACAUUGCUCUGCGCUCCGGCAGCACCGGAUCCAUCACCGCGACCUUCACCAACAACAACGGUGUUUUCGCAUGGUCCAACGCAGCCUUCUCUGGGGGACAGGCCGGUUUCUGCCAGGACAACAGCGGUCAAGUUUACGCUACCUUCGGAACCACCACCCCUCCUAACUGUACUCCGGUCACCCUGAGCGCCACUCCUCGUUCUUCCUGCACGGCCAGCGGCAGCACUACCAGCCUCCCUGCUUCCACCGCCGCUACCAACUCUGCCACCACCACUCCCGGCGCUGUUUCGACCACUUCUACCGCCAACCCUGGAUCGACCGCUUCCUCCAGCCUUACCACCACCCGUUCUGGAAGUGGCACGACUACCCCCGUUGGUUCCACCACCGCCCCUACCGGUGGCUCUACCUUUGUCAGCGGUGGCUCGACCUUUGUCACCGGCGGUUCCACUGUCGUCUCUGGUGGCUCUACCAUUGUCUCGGGCAGCUCUACCUUCGUUUCCGGCGGCUCUACCUUCGUUACCGGAGGUUCUACCGUUGUCACUGGUGGAUCUACCAUCGUCAGCCCUACCACUGGUCCUGCCGGCGGCUCGGCAACCGACAGCACCGCUGCUGCAGCCACCUCCAGCAUUGCUCCCAACCCUGUCGCUGUUGACGGCUUCUCUCUCUUGGGAUGCUUCGCGUCGUCCAGCAACUUCCCCUCGUUUGUUCUGGCCUUGUCUGACCCGUUGUUGACCCUGGAGAAGUGUACCGCUGCCUGCCCUGCCAGCUCCAGACUUGCUGGCUUGUUUGGUACCGACUGCUACUGUGGUGACAUCAUCGACAACACUCUCACCAUUCUUGUUCCCGAGGCCCAGUGCAACACUGUCUGCCCUGGUAAUCCUGCCCAGCGCUGCGGUGGUCGCGCCUCUUCAGUCCGUCUGGCCCGUCGCCAGAUCCCGACUGAUGUCCGUCUUACCGUCUACGUCCGUCUCGAUGUGUCCCCGCCGGUUGUCUCCACCGUCACCAGCAUCAGCGUCAGCACUGGCGCCGGUACCACCGCCUCUGUCACCGUCGUCAACACCAUCACCGAGCCUGGCACCACCAUCACUGGUGCGCCGGUUCCCACCAGCACUGGCCCCAACAUUGCAGGAACUCUCACUCUGCCUCCCGGUCUGUACACGGCUGGCGCUCCUCUGCCUGGUGGCGAGGUUUGCUACGUCGUCACCCGAUCCUGGUUCAUCGGACAGACGUCGCUGCUCCCUGCCUUGCCCACUGCUACCGUCUGA